AUGGCGAGCCGGCAGCUGCAGGUGCUGAGCGCGCUGGACGGCGCCAAGACGCAGUUGUACCACUUCAGGGCGAUCGUCGUCGCCGGCAUGGGUUUCUUCACUGACGCCUACGACCUCUUCUGCAUCUCGCUCGUCACCAAGCUCCUCGGCCGCAUCUACUACAGCGUCUACGGCAUGACGCUAAUGCUCAUGGUCGUCUGCUCCGUCGCCUCCGGGCUCUCGUUCGGACACACCCCGGCCAGCGUCAUGGCCACGCUCUGCUUCUUCCGCUUUUGGCUCGGCUUUGGCAUCGGCGGCGACUACCCUCUGUCCGCCACCAUCAUGUCCGAGUACGCCAACAAGAAGACGCGCGGAGCCUUCAUCGCCGCUGUCUUUGCAAUGCAGGGCUUCGGCAUCCUCGCCGGCGGCGUCGUCACGCUCGUCCUCUCCACGGUUUUCCGUAACGCGUUCCCGGCGCCAGCGUACCAGGUCGACGCCGCCGCGUCCACCGUGCCGCAGGCCGACUACGUGUGGCGCAUCAUCCUCAUGCUCGGCGCGCUGCCAGCGGCGCUCACGUACUACUGGAGAACGAAGAUGCCGGAGACGGCGCGGUACACGGCGCUGGUCGCAAAGAACGCGAAGCAGGCCUCGCUGGACAUGUCCAAGGUGCUUCAAUCGGAGAUCGAGGCGGAGCCGGAGAAGCUCGACGAGAUCAUGGCCAGCGGCGAGGAGUACGGCCUCUUUACGUCGCGGUUUGCCAAGCGCCACGGCCUCCACCUCCUCGGCACGGCGACGGCGUGGUUCCUGGUCGAUGUCGCGUACUACAGCCAGAACCUAUUCCAGAAGGACAUCUUUGGCAGCAUCGGCUGGAUCCCCAAGGCGCGCACCAUGAACGCGCUCGAGGAGGUGUUCCGCAUCUCCCGCGCGCAGACGCUCAUCGCGCUCUGCGGCACCGUGCCGGGCUACUGGUUCACCGUGUUCCUCAUCGACGUCAUCGGAAGGUUCUGGAUCCAGCUCGUGGGGUUCGCCAUGAUGACCGUUUUCAUGCUCGGCCUCGCGGUGCCUUACCACCACUGGACGACGCCGGGCAACCACGUCGGCUUCGUCGUCAUGUACGGGCUCACCUUCUUCUUCGCCAACUUCGGGCCGAACGCAACGACGUUCAUCGUGCCGGCCGAGAUCUUCCCGGCGCGGCUCCGGUCGACCUGCCACGGCAUCUCGGCUGCGGCGGGGAAGGCCGGUGCCAUCAUCGGGGCGUUCGGGUUCCUCUACGCGGCACAGUCGCCGGACCCGGCGCACGUGGACGCCGGGUACAAGCCUGGGAUCGGCGUGCAGAAGGCGCUGUAUGUGCUCGCUGCGUGCAACCUCCUGGGGUUUUUGGUCACGUUCCUCGUGCCGGAGUCGAAAGGGAAGUCGCUCGAGGAGAUGUCCGGCGAGGCCGACGCCGAGGAAGGCAACGGCGCCAAUAAAGUCCGCCCGUCGGGAGAGCAGCUGGUUUGA